UCCCUUGUUUACCUUGACCUCUCCUCGUGAUAACACAGCGGCCAUAUUGAAUAAACGACAUACAGAACAGGAAGGCAAAAAGGAACAUAAACACAAAAAUAUGGCCUUCCCGCCUAGACCACCGCUUGGAAUGCCAGGAAUGGGCUACGCAUAUGCACCAAUAGGUAUGAUGCCCAUGAAUAUGGGAAUGGUACAGACGACGACAGUGAUGAGACCUAUUGUAACUACAGUAGCCACAACUAUUGCACAAAAACCAUUGAAGAGUCAACUGGUUCCCCAAGAAAUCACAAAGGAUGAAAAAGAAGAAAAGCCACCAGUAACAACAGUAUUUGUAGGUAAUAUAAGUGACAGAGCACCAGAUGCUAUGGUUAGACAAAUGUUACAGAGAUGUGGUAAUGUACUAAGUUGGAAAAGAGUACAAGGAGCCAGCGGUAAACUACAAGCCUUUGGUUUCUGUGAAUAUGAAGAUCCUGAAGCUACUUUGCGAUGUAUGAGGUUACUCAAUGAAUGGACCAUAGCUACAAAGAAACUUGUGGUCAAAGUUGAUGCCAAGACCAAAACAUUAUUAGAUGAAUUCAGAGCUAAGAAAAAGGAAGCAAUGAAAAAAGAAGAGGAAAAAAAGGAAAGCAAAGAAACUAAAGAGCCAAAGGAAAAUGGGGAAGAUAAAUCAGAUGGGGAAGAAGGAGAGGAAAAAGAUGAAAAGAAAGAGGAUGGUGAUAAAAACAGUGAUUUAGAUGAAUUCACAAAAAGAGAAGAUAGAGUUGCUAAAGCUGGUCUGGAUGCCAUCAUGAGAGAAUAUUCUUCAGAGUUAUCUAAAUCUAAUACCCCAGAAAAAGAAGUGAAAGAAGAACCUAAACCUUUACCAAAGCCAAAAGAUAUGCCUAUAAGAGACACUGGUUUGGAUGAUAUGGAUUUAGAAGGAGACAAGAAAGACAUAAUUAAUCGUGAGAUCAAGUUUUUCCGUGAUUUACAUAAGGGUGAAGAUGACCCUGAGAGAGAAUUGGAAAAAGAAAGGGAGAGGGAAAGAGAAAGAGAACGAGAAAGAAGAAUCCAAGAGGAGAAGAGAAUCCGUGAUAGAGAAAGGGCUAAGGAAAGAGAACGUGAAAGAGAAGUGGAAAGGGAAAGAGAAAGGGAACGGGAACGAUAUGAAAAAGAAAGAUACAACAGGAAUGACAGGCGAACCAGAAGUCGGUCAAGGUCUAGGUCACAGACAAGAUUGACAAGACGGGUUAGAUCUAGGUCAAGAUCAUGGGACAGAGAACGAAGGAAGGAGAGAGAUCGUGAUAUGGAGGAAGAAGAAGAGGCUCAUGAAAGAAGGAAGCUAGAAAAGAAGUUGAGAGAGAAAGAAGCUGCUUACCAGGAGAGAUUAAAGAACUGGGAAGCCAGAGAAAGGAAGAAAGCUAGAGAGUAUGAGAAAGAAAGGGAAAGAGAAGAAGAUAGAAAACAGGAAGAGGUAAGAGAGGCCAGACGGUUGAAGGAAUUCCUAGAAGAUUAUGAUGAUGAAAGAGAUGAUCCAAAAUACUACAAGGGUAGUGCAUUAAUGAGGAGAAUGAAAGAAAGAGAAAAGGAGAGAGAAGCUGAUGCCAGAGACAGACAGAGAGAAAAAGAAGAAUUGGAAGAAAUAAAGAGACGACUGAUGGAAGAAGGACAUCCUGAUCCUGAUGCAGAGUUAGCUAAGAUUGAAAAAGAACGAGAGGAGCACUUGAAGCCACGAUUACAGUUUACUGAGCCAGAAUCACGAUCUCCAACACCUCCUCCCAAGAAAGAGGAAGUAAAGGAAGAGUCAGCGGAGGAGGAGGAAGAGGUUAAACCAUUACCAAACAUGAAACCUACAUUACGUCCUGUAUCAAAUAAUGUUAGUCCUUUGACAGACGACGAUAGCAAUCUUCCUCCAGAUGAAACCUCACAAGAUACCAAGUUAAGCUUUAGUGCUCUUAAACUAGGAGCUACAAGUCCAACAGAAGGAUCUACAAAUAAACGUAAAAAAUUGACAGUUGGUGAUGUUUUUAAUCAGGACGAUGAGGACUCUGCAGAUGGUGCUAAAAAACGUAAACUUGUUCCAUUAGAUUAUGAUGAUGAUAAAAACGAUAAAAAGGCAGCAGCAACUGCAGAAGAAAAACGUGCUAAAAUAAAACAUUUAAUUGAAAAUAUUCCUACAGCAAAAGAGGAACUGUUUUCUUAUCCUCUGGACUGGACCAUUGUUGAUCAGAGCUUAAUGGAUAAACGAAUUAAACCUUGGGUAAACAAAAAGAUUAUAGAAUAUAUUGGUGAAGAAGAACCUACACUUACAGACUUUAUAUGUCAAAAAGUAAUGGCUAGAAGUACUCCACAAAGUAUACUCAAUGAUGUAGCUAUGGUUCUUGAUGAAGAGGCUGAAGUAUUUAUUGUUAAAAUGUGGAGACUGUUGGUGUAUGAAACAGAGGCUAAAAAAUUAGGACUUGUUAAAUAACCAUGACAACAGUGCAAUCAACUUUCAUUUCCUCAUUUAUUUAUAUCAUGUUAUUAUGGACAUUCAAAUUAUCUGACAGUUUGUUGUUGAUUUGUGAUAAUGAUGAAUUUAACAAAAUUAAUGAUAACUGUUGAUUGAUGAAACACAGUUGCAAUUUUGACAGUGAGUGAAUGAGACUAAAAUUUUGCAAUUUAUGCAAAUGUGUAAAAAAAAUAGUAGCAAGUUUAUGCAGUAUGAGACAGUAAUUAUUUAUUACAAAGAAAGAAAGUUUAUUGACCCUUGAAGUAAAAUCUGUGAUGGGGAGUAAGUUAAAGGCAGCAGUGCUGAGCAUCUCAGCUGAGGGUGAAUUUCGUAUUAAUGGAGGAGAAUAAAUGUAUGUGUAUGUGUGUGUGUGUGUUUGUAUUUGUGCUUGAAUUAUGAAAGAAGAAUGGGGGAGUGAAUUGUAUGUGAUGUGUGAUUGAAAUAAAAUUUUUAUACACUGGA